CAAAAAAGCGGCAUCAGUUUUUCGGGUUUUCUUCUCUGUGAUUCACUGCUAGUUUCGUGAACAAACUAAAGUUUUAUUAUUGAUCAAAAUGAGUGACGGCAAACCACUGAACGAAUCGAAAAUGGAGGAAGACCGUCCUGAUACACCGGAACCAGCAGAGGUGCAAGAACCGGCACAGGAAGAAAUCGAAUUGGUAAAGAUGGAGGAUGUGAUUACGAUCGAUCCCGAAGCGACCGAUGUCGAUCUGAACCACGGGAGAAUUGGGAAAAUCGAGAAUCUGGAGCCGCUAGUAAAACUGGAAAGACUCUAUUUACGUUGGAAUUUGAUCAAGAAAAUCGAAAACUUGGAACAUCAGACAACGUUGCAGGAAUUGGAACUGUACGAUAAUCAAAUAACGAAGCUGGAAAACCUGGACAACCUGGUCAACUUGGAGGUGCUAGAUGUAAGCUUCAACCGCAUUCACAAGAUUGAGAAUCUGGAUCGGUUGGUCAAACUGUGCAAAUUGUACUUGUGUUCGAAUAAGAUAUCAGUAAUUGAAAAUAUCGGUCAUUUGAGCAACUUGACCAUGUUGGAGUUGGGUGACAAUAAGCUAAGGAAAAUUCAACAUCUUGAAUCAUUGACCAACUUGACCCAGUUAUACUUGGGAAAGAACAAGAUCACCAAGAUCGAAAACCUGGACCAGCUGGUCAACCUGGAGUGCCUAAGUUUGCAGAACAAUCGAAUUGUAAAGAUUGAAAACUUGGACAAGCUUGUGAAUCUUACGGAGUUGUACCUGUCCGAAAAUGGUAUCGAGAGGAUUGAAAAUCUGGACCACAACAAGCAGCUGGAUACACUGGAUCUGGCUAAAAAUCGCAUUUCAAUGAUUGAGAAUGUGGGACAUUUUGAGUGCUUGGAAGAAUUUUGGAUGAACGACAACUCCGUUUCGGACUGGAGUUGCGUGAAUGCAUUGGCAUCCAAUAAAAAAUUGGCCACCGUCUACCUGGAGCGCAAUCCAAUAGCAUCAGAUAGCACGUACCGCAACAAGCUGAAGCUGGCAGUUCCAUGGUUGACGAAGAUCGACGCUACAUUGUGUCGCUGAGCUUUUGAACCAACAGUUAAAUAAAGGUACACAUCAUGGAGCGAGAAGAGAGAAAAGCUUCUAAUUACUUAAAUGUGAAUUAAAAUCUGGCAAUUAUGUAUUGAUCAGUUGGCGAACUAUAGCAAUAGAAUAAUUUCUUAUAUGUAUUACUUUGUCAGUUAAUUGCCACUCAAUAUAACAACUAGUUAAAGAAAAGGAUUUAUAU